AAUUUCUCUCUCCUCUGAUCAUCACACUUCUCUCGAGGGUUUUGCCUCUGCUUUGACCCUCUCUUCUUCUUCUUUCCCCAAAAAAAACCCAGAAUUUUUCUUCGAUUUUCUCUCCAAAACUUUAAAUUAUUAAUUAAUUCGUCAUCAGCUUAAUCCUCUAAUUAUUGGGUUUCACCGGGUAUCGAAGGGAUGUUAGAACCACUUAACUUAUACUCCGUACUGGGUGGAUGACACAUGAAUCUUACAGAAUAUUUGAUGGGCUGGCUAAAUCGCUUGUAACUUGUAAGCGUCUUAGGAGAAAACUGUCUCAAAGUGGUCAAUUUAGUGGUUGACAGGAGAAUGAAUCCUUAGUUCUGAAUACCUUUGCUGCCACUGCUUCUAUAAUAUUCUCGCAAUGGGUACACAAGAGGAAAAUGCAGUGAUUGUAACUCCUAAAGAUGCUUUGGAGCAGAGACUGAGCCCUGAUUCUACAAUUCAUGCUUCCAGUAUUGAUCGAGAAGGAAAUGCAUCUAUUGUUCCUGAGAAACCGUCGGAAGAUGGAUAUAACUGGAGAAAAUAUGGGCAGAAAAAUGUCAAAGGAAAUGAAUAUAUAAGAAGCUAUUACAAAUGUUCACAUCCAAACUGCCAGGUGAAGAAACAAGUGGAGCGAUCCCUGGAUGGGCGGAUCACAGAUAUCACUUACUUGGGAAAGCAUGAUCACGCUAAACCUCAUUCUGAUCCUCUGGCGACUGUUCCCUCUCUUCUGUCUGUUAAAUUACAGAUACCAGAUUGUCCUCAGCCACCUGUUGAUGAAGACAAACCAUCAGAUGCGCACGCCCUUACAAUAGUUACAACUGAUCAUGUUAAGAAAAUGGAGGUCUGUCGGUAUGCAAUAGUUAAGAUGGCUGAUGAUUCUACACCUGUCUCUCUCACACCAUCAAGUCAAGCAAGGGAUGAUCAUAGUGAAAACUUUACUUUGAAGAGACGGAAGAGAGGCACUGAUGGCGUUGAUAGCUCAACAGAGAAAACCAACCAUGAAUCACGAAUUAUCGUCCAUACAGUUAGUGAAGUUGAUAUCGUCAAUGAUGGGUACAGAUGGCGCAAGUAUGGACAGAAAAUGGUCAAAGGAAACCCAAACCCAAGGAGUUAUUACCGGUGUUCGACAACGGGCUGCCCAGUUAAGAAACACGUUGAAAGGGCAUCCCAUGAUCUUAAAGUAGUUAUCACUACGUACGAGGGUGAACAUGAUCAUAGUAUGCCUCCGAUAAGGACUAUUGUUCCCCAGACUGCUGCAGGUUCUGCAGGCGGAACAGAGUCAAAUGGCAUGAGUAAAUCCAAGUCAGAAGAAAGUGAUGCAGCUCAAGAUGGUGCAAUAAUAGGUAAACCUGAAAAAGGUGAUUCUACAACUAAAGAAGAAGAAAGCAAGUCAGCAAUUGUUGCGAGGACUGAGAAUCCUCUUACCAAAGCAGAGAGAACUGAUCAUAUUCCUCCAACUGCCAAGGAGGAAAUUGGUCAGACUGCCAAACAAGAGAAAGUUUCAACAGUUAACGUUGUUUUGAAGCCGGAAGUUGUACCAACUAAGGAACAAAAACCUGGUGCAAUUAGUGAUAUGAAGCCGGAAGUUGUAUUGAGUGAGGGAAAAAGGGCAGAUACAAUUGUCGAAAGUUCUCGAGCUGAAGCAAAAUCAAAUGGACUACAAAGGCCAAAUGCUGAAGCUGUCAACUGCUGAGUACAUUGUUGUUGCUGGGUGAAGUCACAGUUGAUGGAGGAUUGUUGUAGACGAUGGCAAUUUAUUGACAUAGGAAAUGCUACAAGUGGAGGGAGUACUAUGGAUGUGUUUUAAACAUUGUAAAUAAAUCUAAUUAGACAAAAAUGGGGGCGACCGUAGCCCAAUAGCCUGAGGAGAGUCUAAUUUAAUUAUUGAGAAUAAAAAAAAAGGUGACAGAUUUCCCUUGAAAAUGUCUGAUAGUUGGAAAUGGUAUUUGAUUGUAUUUUAGUGUAUUUUUCUGUAUAUGUACUCAGUUGGUGAAUCUGUAAUUUCCCUAUAGUUUGAUUAUAGGAAUGACCAUGCUUUGGAUUUCCA